AUGACGGAGGAGAUGGUCCCUAAACAGUUUGCCAUUUCGUUGGUCUGCCUUGCGUUGGCAGGCGCGUUUGACAACCAUUUCUGGCGCUUAGUCGUCCUCUAUGUCCAUCAUCAGCUUUGGAUUUUGUUGGUCCCAACAAGCGGCGUGGUCGGUUUGAUUUUGCAAGUCGUUGCUAUGGUUGGAAUCAUGUGGAUUCCCAUGUUUGCAAACUUUAACUACAGGAAGCGACAAGGGUGCAUUAUGGUUACUGGUUGUGAUUCUGGCAUGGGACAAGCCACAGUAGUACACUUUGCCCAAACCAAUGACGAUUCAAAGAAGGGCAGUUUCGAGAAAAUUUUCGCCGCAUGCUACAAUGCCCAGGCUUCGAAAGAGUAUUUUGAAAAGACUCUCACGAAAGAUCAGUUGCGUCAUGUCUUAGUCGUCCCCUUGGAUGUUACGGAUGAUAAGAGUUGCAAAGACGCGGCAAAGACUGUGCAAUCUUGGAUUACUAACGAGACUUCCAGCAAAGGAUUGUAUGGGAUCGUGCAGUAUCAUGGGGUUCCGUUCUUUGGGCCUGCAUGUUACAUGCCUGUUGAGAUGUACGAACGCCAGUUGCAAGUCAACUUUCUGGGUUUUGUUAGAAUCGUUCAAAACUUCAUGCCCAUUAUGAAGAAGAGAUCAAUGACGCCCGGCCGCAUUAUUUUUACUGGUACAGGUGGCGGCCCUUGCUCGCCUUGCCCACCACUACUGUCCGCUUACAUGAGCAGCAAGUUCGCCGCAGAGUCGUUUGUCCACUCUUUAAGAGCGGAAUGCUAUAUGACGCGGAACGAAAUUUCAUGUGUGGUUAUUAAUCCUGGAUUUGUGAAACCUACCAUGCUCGUCGAAAAAGGGAUCGAGCUUACUGACAAAAUGUGGAAAAUAUGUGAAGACAAACAAGGUAGCACAGUCGCAAAGGAUGAAUAUGGCGAACUCGCGAACCAUUUCACCAAGUAUUCUUCGCUGCAACCUGGAACUCAUGUCAGUGAAGUAACAAAAGCUGCAGAGCAUGCUCUAUUGUCGAACGUGCCAAGAACUUCUUACAAGGUUGGGAUUGACUCAAAGCUUGCCCCUUUCGUUGGAAUGAUGCCAACUGGAAUGAGAGAGAAGAUCGCUAUCCACGGAAUCUAUGGAAUCUUGAGCCCUGCAGGAACUGUCAAGGGUUACCGAGUAUAG